GCUUUUUUUCCCUCUUCUACGCCGUCCUUGUGUGUGCCGCUGGCCACUUCUCACCAUGUCUUCUCACAAGACUUUCAGGAUCAAGCGAUUCCUUGCCAAGAAACAAAAGCAGAAUCGUCCCAUUGCCCCGUGGGUUCGGAUGAAAACUGGUAAUAAAAUCAGACACAACUCCAAGAGGCAGAAUUGGAGAAGAAUGAAGCUGGGUCUGUAAGGGAUCGAACAUGA